AUGGCCGACGACGCGACGAAAAACAUGGCCAAGCUUCAGCUUGACGAUGUCACUGGAGAGAUGGUCUCCAAGGCUGAGCUCAAGAAGCGGCAGCAGAAACGAGCCAAAAAAGCGAUGCAAGAGAAAGCCCGCCUGGAAAAAGCUGCUGCAGGUCCGGUUCAAAACCCUGCGGCUCCAGCUUUGAAGCAAGAGGACGUACCGAUUGAUCCAGAAGCCAUGUUCAAGCAGGGUUUUCUCCAUGAUGUUUACCAGGAACGGCCCGUAAAGAACGUAGUGACUCGUUUCCCACCAGAGCCUAACGGCUACCUUCACAUUGGCCACGCCAAGGCCAUUGCCGUCAACUUUGGAUUUGCAAAAUACCAUGGCGGCGUGUGCUACCUGCGAUUUGACGAUACAAACCCCGAGAAAGAGGAAGAGAAAUAUUUCACGGCGAUUCAGGACGUCAUAUCUUGGCUCGGAUUUAAGCCGUUCAAGGUCACUUAUUCAAGCGACAAUUUCGAAAAGCUCUACCAGCUAGCAGAGAAGCUUAUUUCUCAAGGCAAAGCCUAUGUUUGCGCUUGCAAUGACACAGAGAUAAAGCUUCAGCGCGGGGGGGAAAAGGGAGCCAAUCCCCGGUACCGGUGCGAGCAUGCGGACCAGACCGUCGACGACAACAUGACCAAGUUCCGUGACAUGCGCGACGGAAAGUACAAGCCAAAAGAAGUUUUCCUGCGCAUGAAACAGGACAUUGCAGACGGGAAUCCUCAAAUGUGGGAUCUGGCUGCCUACCGCAUCAAGACCGACACUCCGCAUCAUCGAACUGGAUGGGACUGGAAAAUCUAUCCAACAUACGACUUCACACACUGUCUGUGUGACAGCUUUGAGGGUAUCACACAUUCAUUGUGCACCACAGAGUUCAUCCUGAGCCGCGUGUCGUAUGAGUGGCUCAACAAGUCCUUGGAGGUCUACGAACCCAUGCAGAGGGAAUACGGUCGCCUCAACUUGACUGGCACCGUCCUGUCCAAGAGGAAGAUCCUUAAGCUUGUAGAAGAAAAGAUUGUAAGGGACUGGGACGACCCAAGGCUUUACACGCUCAUUGGUAUUCGCCGGCGCGGAGUUCCACCUGGUGCCAUUCUGGAGUUUGUCAACGAGCUUGGCGUCACCACCAAUAUAACGACAAUCAUGACUCACAAGUUUGAACAGAGCGUUCGGAAAUAUCUCGAAAAAACUGUCCCAAGGCUGAUGAUGGUCCUUGAUCCGGUGCGUUUGGUCAUUGAGGAUGCCGAGGCUUUGGAUGUGGAGCUGCCCUUCUCUCCCAAGGAUCCUAAGAUGGGAACCCACACUAUACGGUUCACGCCGACUAUAUAUAUUGACAGGUCGGACUUUAGAGAGGUGGACAGCAAGGACUAUUUCCGCCUGGCCCCUGGCAAGACUGUGGGAUUGCUCAACGCACCUUACCCUGUCAAAGCCACAUCAUUCACCCGGGAUGAAGCGACCGGCAAAGUAACUGAAAUCCGAGGCGUCUUUGAUAAGGAAACCAAGAAGGCCAAAACGUACAUUCAAUGGGUUGGUGCAGAGGGGUCGCGGAAGGUAGAGGCUCGCAUCCACAACGCUUUGUUCAAGUCGGAGAAGCCAGACGACGUGGAAGGCGGCUUUCUAAACGAUCUGAACCCCGACAGCGAAGUUAUCUACCCAGAAGCUCUGAUUGAAUCAGGGUUCGACGAAGUCAAGCGUCGAGCACCUUGGCCAGAGGCUGCUGGUGAGAGCGAGCUCGGAAAAGGUGGCCCAGAAAGUGUUCGAUUCCAGGCCAUGCGUGUUGCAUAUUUUGCAAUGGAUUCUGAUAGUACCGACGAGAAGAUUGUUCUGAACAGAAUUGUGAGCUUGAAGGAGGAUGCUGGCAAGAAGGCCUAG